UGAAGAAAAACACUAUUAAAUCUUGGCACUACCAGAAGCAGCAAAAAGCUGGGAAAAGAAAAAAAAAAAAAAAAAAGGAAAAAUGGGGUUUUUGUUGACGAUGAUGGAGUUGUUGGCUGCUUUGAUUUUGAUCGUUCUUUUUGGUUUAGUUUCUUUAAUCGUUUUUGAAGCUUACAGAAGACGUCACAAUAAUGCUCAUGUUGGAGCGCCUGCGAUUUUUGAGGAUCCGAAAUCAUUGAAAAAGGUUCCUUGUCCUUAUAUUUUUGAUCCAGCGGAGAAAUACUUGUCGUUGAUAAUUCCUGCUUUCAAUGAAGAGCAUAGGCUUCCUGGAGCGCUUGAUGAAACCAUGAAUUAUCUUCAACAACGGGCAGCAAAAGAUAAGUCAUUUUCUUAUGAGGUAUUGAUCGUUGAUGAUGGAAGUAGGGAUGGAACAAAGAGAGUAGCUUUUGACUUUGUAAAGAAAUAUGGUGUAGACAAUGUAAGGGUUAUCCUUCUUGGUAAAAAUCACGGAAAAGGAGAAGCUAUAAGAAAAGGAAUGCUACAUUCACGUGGUGAAUUACUUCUAAUGCUAGAUGCUGAUGGGGCUACCAAGGUUACUGACCUAGAAAAACUUGAAAAUCAGAUCCAUGUAGUUGCCAGAAAAGAUGAUCAUCAUGGGGAUUCAGCUGCCAGUGACACAACUUUCAGAAUAUCUGAUAUCCCAUUAGUUGUAUUUGGUUCUCGUGCUCAUCUUGAGGAGAAAGCUCUUGCUACAAGGAAGUGGUACCGCAAUUUUUUGAUGAAGGGUUUCCAUCUUGUGGUUAUCUUGACUGCUGGCCCUGGAAUUCGUGAUACACAGUGUGGUUUUAAGAUGUUUACUCGGUCUGCAGCAAGGAAGCUUUUCACAAACAUCCGUUUGAAAAGGUGGUGUUUUGAUGUCGAACUGGUUUUCCUUUGCAAAUGGUUCGGCAUCCCAAUGCUCGAGAUAUCUGUAAACUGGUCUGAAAUUCCUGGAUCCAAGGAAAACUUUUACAGUAAGCUGAAAUCAGUUUAUCUGAGCUUUUUCUUUAUGCAAAGCCACGGCCAGGACAUGCAGUUUUUUCGGUUGUAAUAUUAAUUCAGUGCUUGAAGGAGCAGCUGAAGCACGUUACCUGUUAUUAGAGUUCAAUUUUUUUUACAAUCCUAGGUAUUAAAAAAAAAAAAGAGAUUUACAAU